UCAUUUUAAGCAGUCAAAUUCAUUCAUCUCCCCAAUGCUGCAUCAUGAAGGCUCCCCAAGAUCUAUAAGUCAAAAGCAGAGGAAAAACUAACACAGUUACACAAACACCUAUCUAUGAACCAUUGAUUGAAAAUCCCCCAACUUCUUACAGAGAACAUCUGCAGUUUGUGACAGGUCUUGUGGGAAUGUUUUACCAGGGCACUCAACUCCCCCCUUCAAACAACAGUGAUUCAUCAGAUGAUGGUGUUCCAGUUUCACCACCAAGAGUCAGACUCAGAGAUGGGAGGUACUUGGCUUAUAGAGAAAAGGGUGUCCCCAAGGACCAAGCAAAACACAGCAUCAUCAUUGUACAUGGCUUUGGAAGCUCCAAAGAUAUGAAUUUUCUGGCACCCCAGGAACUAAUAGAUGAAUUGGGUAUAUAUAUUCUGCAAUAUGAUCGAGCUGGGUAUGGAGAGAGUGAUCCAAACCCCAAACGCUCACUGAAAAGUGAAGCACUUGACAUUGAAGAGCUUGCUGAUCUGUUACAGAUAGGGUCAAAAUUUUAUUUGAUCGGUGUCUUAAUGGGAUCAUAUGCUACCUGGAGUUGUUUCAACUACACACCCAACAGGCAAAUUACAAGCCUCAAAAUAUACAUUUCUAAACAUAUGUUUGGUUUCAGAAAAUGUCAAUUUUCAUUUUUUAUUUUCACAAAUAAUUAUGAAAACGACAUUACAUUUCUAAACAAUGUUUGGUUUCAGAAAGAAAGUAAAAAUAAAAAGCACAAAGUCAUUUUCUGUAACUAUUUGUGAAAAUAACAUAUUCUCAAGCCAAACUGGUCAAAAUUCUCCCUUUUUAUGUUGAAAAUGGAUUGUUAAUUUCACCACAAGGUCAACAUUUGUGCAGGCUAGCAGGUGUGACUAUGAUAGC